UACACCAUACAGAAGCGACAAAGAGAUUUGCUUCAAAAUUUUUAGGAGGGGGCAGUGCUGGUUAACUGUCAAACGUGACGUCAAAGAAUUAUACACCAAAAAAAAAUUCACGACCGCAGGUAUAAUUAUUUCUAGAUAUUAUGCAUAAAAGACUAAAAAAUAUAUUUCAUAAUUAUUUAUUUAUUUUUAAUUCUAAAUAAAAAUACUGAUUUAAAUCCCUCUAGUUUUUAAAAAUUAAAUAAACCUGCCUUUCAUCAUUUUCUAUUAAAAUCUAACAAUUUUCUUUCAGUGUGAAAUGCUGUUCAAGGCGCACGGAUGUCAAACGUGACGUCACGCAAUUAGUUCCCAUUUGACCAAUGCUAUUCAAAGCUCUUUGUCGCUUCUGUAUGGUGUAUAUUCUGUGGCUUCUAUUAGGCAAGAUCUUUCCCAAUUCUAACACAUUGUCAAAAUGUCAAACGUCAUUUUAAUGAUGAUUCUUUUAAAAAGUCUGAUGAAUUCGAAUAUGUGUAAAAAGAUAAAUUACCCUUCAGCUGAAAGAAAUAAGUUUUAUAUACUAGAAGUGUUACAGAAACACAUUGAUCCCAAAAUACCAGGAAAACUUCUGGAAAUAGCUUCUGGUACUGGUCAGCAAUGUGUGUAUUUUGCUUCAAAAUUUCCCAAAAUCCUUUUUCAACCAAGCGAAAUUGAAGAUCAAAUGUUCGACAGUAUCAAGGCUUAUGCAGUUGAGGCUAUAUCAAAAAACGUUAAGAAUCCGGUUAAAAUUGACGUCAACACUGAUCCAUGUCAGUGGGGUAUUGAUUUUGACUAUGAUUAUGUCCUUAAUGUCAAUAUGUUUCAUGUAACACCUAUUUCGUGUUCAAUAGGAUUUUUUAAAAAUUGCAGCAAGAUUUUAAAAUCUAAUGGCUUAUUAUUUACAUACGGACCCUAUGCCAACAAUGGUGUUUUAACACCACAAUCAAACAUCGAUUUUGACAAACACAUAAGACAAAGAGAUCCCAACUGCGGAGUUCGUGAUAUUCAAGACCUUAGACAUUAUGCCAACGAAUGUGGCAUAAUUCUGCAGAUAAUUUAUGAUCUGCCGGCCAACAACAAGUGUUUAGUUUGGAAAAAAGAAGUCAAAUAAAAAAAAACCUAUAAAUUUCAACACUAUGUUAUAGCAACACUAAAAAUACUCGAAUUUCUGAAUUUCUCUCUCAGUAUUACUAUCAAUAUUAGUUCAAAAUGACAAAACUAUAAA